CGUUCCCACCGUCUGGCGAGUUGUUUGGAGUCCGUCCGGGUGCAGCAGCAUCGCAGUCAAAAAGGUCGUGACGAGGGACUCAGGCUCGAACUAGACUUCUUGUGCUGCAGACACAGGAAUGUCUGCAGCUCUGCUCCGCACCUGCGCUGGCACGGCCGCUGCUGCAUCUCUGCUUGACCGACAGCUUGCGUUGUCGUGUCCUUUUGGGCUGCGCGCAUACGCAUCUCAAGUGCCAGCGGGCUACGAGGCACGCAGGCGGGAGCCUCCCCGCAGCCUCAAGCUGCUGCGGCACGCGGACGGCGCCGUGCCCCACAUGCAGCGGGAGCCUGGCGGGAUGCAGCGCUUGCGGUGGUCCCACGCCAGCGCAGCCCGGCCAGCACCCCCACGGCGCCACGAAGGCAGCCCUACAGCAGCCUGCAGCAGACCCUCGCUGCCCUUGCCUGAGGCCGCUUCUGCACCGCAAGCCGAGCGCUGCUUGCUGUGCCGGGAAGUCGGGCAGCAAGGCUAGCGUGGCUGGGCUGCGGAGUGUGGUGCGCGGGAUGCGGUCGCUCGCGUGAGCGGGACGCCGCACCGCAGCAGCGGCAGCUGCGACACGGCAG